AUGGAAAGUGGACUCAAAGUGCCCUCAUUCAAGUUUUUCAUUCAUUCCUAUGAAUUAUCAGAAAACAGGAACACAUUGUACUAUGAACUGUAUGAACCGGAGGGCCAGGUGCGACGUGGUGCAGCAGAGCGUGGAGCAGUAGAGUUGAAGAAGAAUGAGUUCCAGGGGGAGAUCCAGAGACAGAAGGAGCAGAUCAGCCACAUAGAAAAUGUCUACAAGAGACAACUGGAGGGGGCCCAGAGCACUUGCAUCCAAGAAAAGGCCACACUGCAACAAAACAUUUCCUCCAGCACCAAGACCAUACAGGAACUCAAAGGUCAGCUGAAUCAGCUCAACGAUGACUUGGGGAAGCUUCAGAAGGAGUUGCAGAGUUGCCAAGGCAACAUCAACACUCUUAACAACAAACUCACUUAUGACAUGACCCAUUGUCACUCUCAGGUCCUGUCCCAGAAGGAGCUGUGUGAUGAAAGAAUGGCUGCUGCUAAACUCGAAUUUGAGAAGAAAAUGGAGAAGCUCGUCCCUCCUCCAGGUGUUUCCUCACAGCAGGAAAACGCAGUGGAUGGAGCAGUAAAAGACAGCAAACCAGUUCAAAUUGUGCCUAGUGGAGUUCAACCAGCCACUGCUGUAAGCCACACACCAGGCCUCUCUGAGCCCAAAGAAAGUGAACCAUCUGAACUAUUGACCAAUGAUAUCAUCGUGGAGAAAGUGGAACUACCUCUGGCAAAGGAUCUCUCAAAAGCAGAGACUGUUCCCCCGGCUGCUGCAGCCAAGCAGGACAUUUUGCCACAAGAGGGAGCUGUCAAAGCAGAUGAGAGUGAGGGAGAAACCAAUAAACUUCUAAAUAAUAAUCUGACUGAUGAUAAAGACGUGGAAGUGAUGGAUGCUCAUGAAGAGGGUGCUCAGACAGAAGAAACAGACUCUGGGAUGGAAGGCAUGCUGAUUGGUCAAGGGAAGGCAGAUGAGACUCUGAAUGGUCAGAACGUUCAGGAACCAGAGGAGUACGACGGCGAAGAACAAGUAGUGGGUGGAGUCGAUAUGGAGAAGCAACAACAGAAUAAACAGAGUGAGAAUAUAGACAAGGACAUGGAGGAGGAGCUGGCUGACUACAAUGGGGAUGAUGAGAAUGAAGGGGAGUUUGAAGCAGACAAACAAGCAGAACUCGCUCAAAUCUAAGGGCUGCACUGAGAGGAAGCUCCUUCAUACCAUGGGUAUGAAUUCAUAUGGGGCGGCAUGGCUCAGUGGGUAGAGAGGCCGUCUUGUAACUGGAAGGUUGCGGGUUCGAUCCUCGGCCUGUCGAGCUCAUGUUGAGGUGUCCCUGAGCAAGACACCUAACCCCUAAUUGCUCCUGGUGGGUUGUGGUUAGCGCCUUGCACCACAACCCACCAGCUCCCACCAUGAAUGGGUGAAUGUGAUGUAUCAUGUAAAGUGCUUUGGAUAAAAGUGCUAUAUAAAUACAACCAUUUAUACCACAUUGGAAAACAAGACCUAUUUUACAGAACAACAACAUACAGGUUAAUGCAAUCUGAAAACAACACUGAGCACAAAUCAAAUGUUAAAUGGAAUUGCUUUUUUAUAUGAAAGACUUGCUGGUUGCUUACUGGAAUGUUGUUAAUUUGUCAGUUUAAUUGGAAUUGAUAUUUUCUUAUCACCUACUAUUUAGUAUUAGUAGAAAAUUGCAAGCACAGCUUAAGAUGCUCCAGAAUUGACACCGGUUGGAUUGAAAAGUUGAACACCUCAUCAUGUCUGGGAAAUCAAUCAGUUUUAAAGAUGUGUCGACAUGCGUUUUGCUCACUACGUCAUGGCUGUGUGUUGAAUUACGUGCAGACCCUUAUAGGGUUACGAGGUGUGAAAUACUACAACUAGCUUAAAGGAUCUGAGUGAUUCCAAUGGCAGACUUGCUUCAUCAAAGCUCUGCAGCACAAGCCUCCUCUCCCUCAGAGGUGUGACAGCAUCUUAAGUAAAGCCUUAAGUUCUCCUCGACAAAGUCUCUCAUAGGAAUGUUUUCUGCUUAGAGUCAGUCUGUUCAUUUCAGAAUUUUCAUGACCACAGAAAUGCUGUAAUUUUUUGUGAUAUCGCUGAGUCCAGUUGUGUUAUUUUGAUGCUAAACCCAGUUAUAUGAAAAGAUGAUAACAAGACACUUGCUUUGAAUUCCAUGUUGCCAUAAAUGCUGUAAAAAGUAAAGCUGGCUUAAUAGACAUGCCACAUAACCGGGGACAAAUUCACCCUCUGAGGUUAUAUGCUGUCAGAUUUUAAACAUAUAUUGUUGCUGUAACUGGGCAUUUCUGAUUCAUGUCCAGCCAUUUUUGAAGAGCCACUGAUGAAUUGCUUUGGCAUUUUAGUGGCAGUAAUUCUUAUAUUCGGAGCUGUAUGUCAGACCACAAAGAGCCACAAGGUUGUUUGCGUUCGGCAUUCUACAUUUAGGAUCAGUAAGGCAGGAAAAUAGUUUUAAAUUAUUUCAGAAGGAACAGAAACUCUUCGUAGAUCAGCAGACUUAGUAUUCGUAGUAUUUUGACGCAUGCCUUAUCAGUUCUGCACACUCCAUUUUCCCCUGACGGUCGGGUGUUUCUCACAGUGGAGAUAAGAUGUUGAGCCAUGGUACAUAUUUACAGUUGUUCGACCUGCUCAGUUUGUGAUCUCAUUUUGUGGAUACCGUUUCUGGUCUGCUGAACAAAAAGGACUAUUUUGAUUAGAAUGUAGGAGUGGGUUUCUGAGAAUUGCCGUGACCUUAUGAAGGACAUUUCCUUGAAGCAGGAACAACGUGUUGUGCUUUACGGCUACUGCAAGGCAGUCAGUGUGAACUAUUCAGUAGCUGUGCUAAAAUGUGUUUGAGUCAUCAAAUUAAAUCUGCACUAAACUGGAAAUUAUUGGGGAGAGUGCAAAAUUUAGCUAAACUUAGACAGAAAUAAGUCAAAGUGAGUAAAAGUUUGAGGCGGGGGUUUUGUUACCUUGUGCUUUUAUACAGAACAGAAGAUUGAUUUUAUAGUUCAGGAACUUUGCUCUAUGUAGAAGUGGUGAAUUUGACUGCACCCCCACACACUUUCACUGCGCUCUCGUUGACAUUGCUGUAAUUUUAAUAAUGCGUUGAUUAUCAUCAUAGUCCGUUCCAGAAGUCCUGCAUCAUAUGUUAGGAAGUUAGCAUCCUCGACUCCUGUUAUUUGCCUAUCUGAAAUGAGUGGUAGGUGUUACAAUACAACACCUGUGUUCUGCUCUAUCGGAGGUCUCUAAUCUAGACAGGCAUGUAGAAGGGAACUAAAAUUAGAUUAUUAAAAACUCUACUCUACAUUUCAUUCUUUCAAGCUAAGGGUGAAGUUCUUCAGUGUCAAAUCUUGUGAUUUCAUGUGCAAUUUUUCUUUUAAUCUUAGAGUUUUUAUUUAGGUGCAGUUGCAAAGACAACUUGGCUUCUAGUUAGAAAAAGUAUAGCCUCUGUUAAAGACAGAAUAUCAGUGGGACAUUCUGCAUCCAGCUUAUUCUUACUCAACUAUUUAAGCUAAAUGUCAUUUAUACAUUGAGUUUCCACUUUACAGUCCACCUAUUUACUUUUGUGUUUUCUGUAAAAUCAGAGUGUUGUCUCAUUUUUAUUUAUUUUUUUUUCAAUUGCUGAGAACUUGACUGGGAUUAAAACACAUUCUAUGUUUUUACAAAAUGCUUGACCACAUGUGGAGAGUCUUUCUAGCCCAAAGUUCAUCAAUCAAAGUUAUUUUUGCUCCUUUGAGGAAUACAAACAAAAACAACUGUCAAACCUUUAUUGGUCAAACUGUUACAGAAAGAGUUCGACUUAAUUUUUCAUCCCAACAACUAAAAAGUGAUUAUUUCUAAAAUAAUAAUAAUAAUAACAAUAUAGGGGUGUAUUUUCCGCAUUCAGAGUAGUAACACUUUUACAGUCUGUAUACCUUGGGUGCUUAUUUUAGAUUUAACUCUUAUAAUUCUACAUGGAAUGGGAAAGCAGGGUUUAGUACACAUCUCUGUAGUAGUUCACCUGUACGUGCGCCUGUCUGUGGCAUUCAUACCUGCACUGUAGUUCAUUAAACGCAACCAGGAAGUUUUUUUUAGUCAAUGCGCAUGACGCUGACGUAAUACGGAACGCGGACUACAAACGCAUUGUGAGGAGUAAUUGACCUGAAAACAAGCCGAGAAGCACAGGACUGCUGAAAAAUGCUCCGUUUUCUCUGCUGUUGCUGCUUCUCAGGCGAAAACUCCAGCAACGAGAGGCAACCUCUCCUGCAGCCCAGACCAUCCGGAGUAGAUGGAGCUGCAUCAGCCAGACUGGGCCGUCCUGCAGUCAGUGAUGCACAGACUGUGAAACGGACUGGAAGGCUGGUGAUGAGGCGAGUAUGUCUGCCAGAGAUGGAUCAGAGGUUUUUGGACGUGGCUGAGACCUUCAACGAGCAGCAAGAGUGCUACGAGGCCAUGGUCCGACACAUCAGGAACCUGCAGCAGAGUUGCGACUGCACACAUUCUGGUUCUCUGGCUUUUGCUGAAUGUGUGGGCACGAUCAGAAAGGAGUACAAGGCCACACACCGGGUCUCUCUUAAGAUUAAGGGCUAUGGCUUCUCCCUCAGUGUGGUUCCUGUGGGGUCAGAGGGCGAAAGCGAGGAGGAAUCGCUGCCUCCACGUCUGAAGUCGGCUCAAAAUGAGCUGAAGAGCACUUCUGAGAACGCCAAGGCUGCCAUCUCAAAGUGCACCACACUUCAAGAGCUUAUUGGCUGGCUGCUUCGGAGUCAUGACCAAAUAGCAGAGCAAGUGAAAGGGGCAGCAGAAACUUACCCAGAGCAAGGACGGCUGAAGGAGAAUCUGGAGGAGAACAUGAGGGAAGUGAAGAGGGCGAAGGAGCUGUCGCAGGAAUAUAGACAACAGGCCCAGGACGUGCUCUCUGAGGCUGCACACAUCGCAGGGGCUCAGCUGUAGUUUACACACCUUUAAUUGAUCAGACCGAAUGUGUACAGACUCAAAUACUGAAGCAGAUUAUACACACUUUUUGACAAUUGAGGGUAGAGAAGAGACUGCUUCACAGCCCAGCUAUAUGUUGCAACUGAGAUGGAACAGAAGCUGGUUGUCUUGCUCUCUUCCUUGACAAACUUGCCAGGUACAGCCCACUAGAAGCUGGUUUUAUAGAACAUAGAUAGGGUUGACAAAUAUCACUAUGUAUAAUCUGCAACAACAUCAGAAUUAGGUACAAAUGUGCAGUCUUUAAAAAAUCACUAGCAGUCAUAUCUCUUUUUUAAAUACUUUUUUAAAAUUAAAAAUGAUAAUAAAUAUAGCAGCGACUCACUCUCACAUUUUAAAUACUGUUCAUUUGUAUAUGUAAGGAAUUAACGUUUCCUGAAUAGGUGUAGUUUAACCAGCUAACAUAAGGGGGCAUUGCAGGCUCACGGUCUAACAGCUGCUCUUCAAUUCCUCAGAUUUAACUCUGCCUCACAAAUGUCUCUCAGAAAGUGCACUACAUUGACAAUGAAUCCAAAUAAUAAAUGUGUUGCUAUUACUAAUGCAUUAUUGUUGUGAUACUAGUGUUGUACCAGGUUAGACACAUUUAUUUUUGCAGGAAUUUUCUACAAAUGUGCUUGUUGUUUGAAUGACCUAAUGAAAGAGUAUACAGGCUGUGAAAUAAAAUGUAUAUUAUGUUUUUCAUGCAACACCAUAGAGGACAGGGCAGGGCACAGAUAGCUACAGCAGCAGUGGAAAUUGAAUUUCAGGUUAAUUGUGAUUGUGUACAUUGUGCUUUUUUGUUGUUAUUUUUUAAUAACAUUCAGAGGGAGCAGAUUUGUGCCUGAUUGCCUGCAGAAGCCCCAUUGAAUUUAUUAACUGAUUAAAAAUGGCAACUCUCUUGCUGCUGUUAAUGUGAAAGCAAACAAACACAUCCCAUCUUGAUAAUUACGUUCGGAAAAUCCAUUGUCCCAGAGGUCACCAUCAAGUGGCUGUGCGCUGCUUACCAGAGGGAGGCAGUUUUAGAGAGGUGCUUUCGCCUUCAGCUUAACAGAUUAAUUUGGCAUGAAGUGUGCAAGUGCAAUAGUUAAAUGGAACCACAUAGUUUGUCAUUAAAUGAAAAAAGUACGGGGCCCUAGACAAAAAAAAUAAUAAUGCAAUUUAAUUAACCAAAUAAUGUAUGUGUUUAUUACAGAAAGCCUGUAUUAAGUUAGUCUUUCUGCAACAAAAUCAUUAAAAUGUGUAACUAACUUUUUAAAUCAAA